CCGGUAUCAACAUUAUGGCGAACUUCAUGUCUGCACUCGAUUUUUAAUCAUUUUUUACCAACGAAUAAGCCGACGCAUUUGUUCUUAAAGACAUGAAUUGAUAGGGUUUAGUGUUUUGUUGUCGAACGGACGUGUCGCACCGUGUUUUGUAUGUCGUGGAGUUUGGAAAGCUCACAACAAAUUCUACUAGCUGCCUAAUAUUUAUUCCGUGGUGUAUGUGAAGUAGAUCAGUGGUGUAUUUCCAGGCAGCAUCCAUAGGGGGUUCAGAUAUAUGAAGGUGAUCCAGCACUCUGCCGAGACGCUGCAAACAGCUUUGGUCUCCAGUCGUCAAGAUUUGGUUAAACUUUACAGCAGGUACACAAAAGUUGAAAGGCAACUGCUGGAGGAAGGGUUCCACCCAGGGCAGCCGGGUUCACUUUUCCAGCCCAUCACAGUGCACUCUGACUCAGACUGGAUCCCCGCUCACCCUGAGGAGCCUCAAGACUUUGAGAGCUUCUACAGAGACCCUUACCGCAAGACCCCUAAUGCGAGUCACAAUACAAUUUAUAUUCAAACCAUAGGUUCGUUUGGGGAGGCGGGGGCAAGGACAGACCAGUAUGUUGAGUGGCUCAGAGACUACUGUCAGGCUUUCUUCCAUGGACUUUCUGUCAAGCUACUGCCGGUGGUAACUGUAGCUGAAACAGGAUGCUCCUUCAGAAUUAACAGCCACUCGUAUAACCUGCAGAUCCUCACUGGUGACUUGCUACGAUUCCUGGGGAACAGGAAACCAAAGGAUGCUUUUUGCAUUGUUGGAAUCACAAUGAUUGACCUCUACCCUAAAGACUCCUGGAACUUUGUCUUUGGACAGGCCUCUCUUAGUAUGGGAAUGGGUGUUUUCAGCUUUGCGAGGUAUGAUGACAACUUCUACAGCAGAACUUAUGCUGGGAGGCUAAAGAAACAACUUCUGCCAAAGCAGGGAGACUACUCUGUGUUUGAUGGUUACUACACUCCACCCAUCACCAGCACCCUGUUGCUUCGAUCCUGCAAGACGAUGACCCAUGAGAUCGGCCAUAUGUUUGGAGUGAAGCAUUGCCAGUGGUUGAACUGUGUCAUGCAGGGUUCCAACCACCUCGAGGAGUCUGAUCGCAGGCCCCUGGAUUUCUGUCCCAUCUGCCUUCGCAAGCUACAGGUCGCCAUUGGCUUCAAAAUAGCUGAAAGAUACCAGGCCUUACUGCACUGGAUUGAGGAGGAUCAGAGUCAAACAUCCAGACCAGAGGAGGCAUCUGCCUGUCAGUCUGUGCCGCACUAUCCCAAACCCACUGAAGCCUUUCACACAUCUGCACUGUGGCUCUGCAAGUGCCUGGACAUACUAGAGAAAAGAUCAACUUUAGUACCACUUUCUGCUACGGUUUGAUUAGAAAACAGAAUCUUAAUUUUGUUGAGUGGUACACACAAUGUUAUACAUACUGGAUGAUAUAUCUGGACUGUAAGAUGUAUAUUAAUUUUUAGACACAACCUUGCUUUAACAAAGUGAAAGAUGCAAAAUGUACAUAAAAUGUUUUUAAUGGACAAAGCAACACUAUUUAAAAAAUAAAUAAAUAAAUAAAACAUUACUUCUGAUUGAGAAGUUCAAAUCA